GUUUGUAUAAAAUAAAAUUAAAAAAUUAUUUAAUGUCAUUUUUUAUAAUUUUUUAGUAUUGUUAAUUAGAGUCCUAUAAUCAGAGAGACGCGACCUUGUUCCUACUUUCUGAUUGGUGCCGCCAUGUUGAGCUCGCAAGGUUCACGUGACCCAUGUGUCGUGUUGUAAAUAAAUGCACAUUUGUAAUCACGAUGGUGAGGUACUGUGCAGCUAAAGGGUGUAACGUAAAAGAAAAACAAGGUAUAAUGUUAUUUCGAUUUCCCAAAGAACCAGAAAGACGUGCGAAAUGGAUUACAAUAGUAAACCGUGUGAAUUGGCAACCUUAUUCAAAUAGCACACUUUGCGAACUUCAUUUUGGCGAAGAUCAGUGGGAGCAGACGAGAGUCGAUGGUUCAAGAAAAUUACGGUAUUCAGCUAUUCCAUCACUAUUACUUUCAAAAGAAAACUCUUCGCCUGUCCCGUCCGUCUCUUUUAUUGAUAAACAUAACUACUGUUCCUUAUCCAGUGCUUCUGCAACUAUCUUUCGUCAAUCACAAAGUCCCUUAAAGGACAUUACUAAUGUAAUACAGUCGUCAGCAUCUUUAUCAGAUUUAAAGACCAUGGAAAAAGAAUUUGUGGAAGAGUCUGUGGAAAAAUCUGUGAAAGAAUCUGUGAUAGAACCUGUGGAAGAAUCUGUAAAAGAAAUUGUGGAUUUGAAACAGCAAUUAGAGUUAAAAGAAAAAGAAUUAGCUGCACUCCAGACAAAACAUAUUUCCAUGCAGAAAAUAGCAGAUAGAGUUUUCAAGAUUUACCACAAUAUCAAGAGGCAAAAUGAAACAAUGAAAACAAAACUUAAAAGACUUCAAUGUUCCUAUUGUCGCAGUUCUAAAUUAUUCGCUCCAAAAUUGCAUGAAGAUCAAUUGAAGGCUUUAUGUUCAAACACUACUAGAGGAAGAAAAUGGAGCAUUCAAAGCAUUACAGAUGGAUUAAUUUACAAGAUGAAAUGGGGCACACAAGGUUACUCGGACUUCGUUAAGAAAUAUCCUAUUUUUCCUUCAGUUAGAACACUUCAAGAAGCAGUUGAACAUAUGAAGUUUGAGUCAGGUAUUCUGGAAGAAGUAUUUGACGUAAUUCAGUGUCAAAUUCCACAUAUGACACUUCAUGAAAUACACUGCGUGGUAGUAUUGGAUGAAAUGGCUAUUAAGCCUGGUGAGAUGUAUGACUCUUCCACUAAAAGAAUCAUCGGAUUAUGUACGUUUCCUGGGCACAUCGGUCUUGCAAAGAAAGCAUUAGUCAUUGCAUUAGCAGGAAUCACUACUCGGUGGAAGUAUGCUGUAGCAUAUUAUUUAACAAACAAGGUUGAUUCUGAAGCAAAACAAACAAACUGUAAUUUUACAGGAAAUGCAUUAAAAGACAUAAUCAGUAAAGUCAUUGUGAAAGCAGAGAACAUCGGCUUGAAAGUUGCUGCUGUGAUUUCAGAUAUGGGAUCUGACAAUUUAUCUUUAUGGAGGGCUUGUAAUAUUGGAUAUCAAAAUGAUGAAGUGAGGUGCACCAUCCCUCAUCCAGCUCGACUACAAGACAAGUUAUGUAUUAUGCCUGAUCCUGUUCAUUUAUUUAAAAAUAUCCGUUCUAUGUUAGAAAGGCAGAAAGUGAUUUAUUUGCCUGAGUCAAUUUUACACUCUCUAGGUCUCAGUUAUCCUAUUGUAGAAGUUAAAUACUUAGAAGAAUUAAUGCGUCAUGAACAAAAGUUUGAAUUUAAGAUCAGCAAAUUCACAGAAUCCAGCCUUCAGACGAAGAAUAAUCACUUCUCCACGAUGAAAGUUUCUACACCAAGGUCUGUUAUUUGUCAAAGAACAGUAGUUGGCCUCAAUAUUUAUGCAAAGAUCUCAGAAAAUUCAAAAAUUGCUACUACAGCUUUCUUCAUUUCCCUUGUUGAUCGUUGGUUUGCUUUUGUCACUAACAGAAGUUUAAAGCUCGCUCUCAGUAAGAAAAAUGAAGAUAAUUAUAACAAAGCUAUUGAUCAUCUUAAAUUCACAGCCUAUGUAUUCCGAUAUAUGAAGAUUGGCACAAAAGGUCAUUGGAAACCGGUCCAGACAGGACUACUCAUGGUAGUUGAAUGCUUAUUGUUCCUGCAGAAUUAUUUCUUGAAUGAAGUUGGUCUUUCCUUUUUGUUACUAGGCCGCUUUACUCAAGAUUGCCUCGAAAAUCUAUUCUCUCUUCUGCGCUUCAGACAACCUGUUCCCUACGCUCUCCAUUUCAAACAAAAUUUGAAAAUGAUUACUUUGUCACAGUUAUCCAACAACACCAAAAAAAACACAAGCUAUUAUAAUGACGAUGAUACUAAAAAAAUCGAGCAUAAUUUCUUGGAGUUUUCUAAAGCUAUAGGAAUCUCACGACAGCAUGAGAAAGAUUUGAACGCAUUUUUCGAAACAUGUGCCAUUAAAAUCCCACAGGUGUCUGACAAUCAGAUGCACAGCAUUGAUGAAUGGGAGUGGCCAAUAAUAUAUGACAUAGCUGGAUCUGUUGUACGUAGUGUUAAAUGUAUAAACAUAAAAAUUUGCGAUGACUGCUUUAAAAGUGUUCUUUGGAACGGUAAAAAGUAUCAUCCUUAUUCCAUUAUUGUUCAAAUGAGAAGCUAUACAGAGAAUAGUCUUUUGCAUGUGUCAGAUCCCUGUUUUAAAGCCAUCAUGAAGUCUGAAAUUACUUUCCGCCAUCUGAAAGACACACUUACUAAAGCUAAAGAUAUGAACAUUGUGAACUUUGUAGUAAAAGAGCUAGAGUAUGUAUGGGAAGGAGCAAAUAUACCUCUCUGCCAUGAUAUUACUACCAAAAUCCUGAAGAGGUUUAUUACAAUGCGAUUGAAAAUGUAUGGAUUGAAAGAAAGAAAAAAACAUGCUGAAAUGAAUUUUGAACGUGUUUAUAACAGUAAGACUGCAGCCAGGUUUGCUAUCAUUUCCUGAUAUGAUCUCUUAUCUGUGCCAAAUUUAUGACUGGCUAUUUAUUUUAUAAUACAUAUAAACUGUUUAUAAAUUUUAAUUUAUAAUUACAAUUGUUAUAAAUUUACAAUUGUUGAUAAAUUUUUAGGUAAUUUAUAAGCUGUUAACGACUAAUGUAAAACAUAAAAUAAAGAACUUACUAUAAAACAUAAA